ACUACCUUAUAUCUUACGUAUAUGACUUCGUAGACGACUUUAUAUCUUACGUAGACUACUUUAUAUCUUACGUAGAUGACUUUUUAUCUUACGUAGACUACUUUAUUUGUUACGUAGAUGACUUUAUAUUUUACGUAGAUGACUUUAUAUCUUACGUAGAUGACUUUAUAUCUUACGUAGAUGACUUUAUAUCUUACGUAGACUACUUUAUAUCUUACGUAGACUACUUUAUAUCUUACGUAGAUGACUUUAUAUCUUUCGUAGAUGACGUUAUAUCUUAG